GACAUGGCUAUCGUGGAUCCUCUGGGGAGCCUCAACAACAUCCUGAUGCUGAUGAGGCAGAGAAGAGUCUCUCCAGAUCAGAACACCAGAUGGACAACGCUAGCCCUUCCUCCCUCCUGGAGUCCCCGUGUCGUUCCUCUCCCGGUAGCACCUUACUGCUGGGUAUGAAGAGGUUGUCUGUGCUGCUGGUGGACUUCAGGAAAACAACGGGGCUGAGUGGAACUGUGAGAGGAGGAGAAGAGAUGAAAGGAUCAGAUUUAACUCAUCAAAGAGGAAAACCAAACUUGGAGGAACCAAAGACGUCCGAACCAGCAAGACGACACCUCUGCUCCCAGAUUGGAAAGAGUUUUACCAAGUUAGGAAGCCUGAAAAGACAUAAGCGGACACACACAGGAGCGAAGACACACCAUUGCUCCCAGUGUGGAAAGAGUUUCAAAUUGUUACGAACCCUUAAAGGUCAUGAGCGAAUACACACAGGGGAGAAGCCAUACCACUGUACCCAGUGUGCAAAGCGGUUUACCCAUUUAGGAAGCCUGAAAGCGCAUGAGCGAAUACACACAGGGGAGAAGCCUUACCGCUGCUCCCAGUGUGGAAAGAGUUUUACCCAGUUAGGAAACCUGAAAGCUCAUGAGCGAGUACACACAGGUGAGAAACCUUACAAAUGCUUAGACUGUGGGAAGAUAUAUUACUCAUCACAGUCACUUAAAAGUCAUGAGAGAAUCCACACAGGGGAGAAGCCUUACCACUGCUCCCAGUGCGCAAAGCAUUUUACCCAUUUACGAUGCCUGAAAGUUCAUGAGCGAAUACACACAGGAGAGAAGCCUUACUGCUGUUCCCAGUGUGGAAAGCGUUUUACCCAGUUAGGAAACCUGAAAGCUCAUGAGCGAAUACACACCGGGGAGAAGCCCUACCACUGCUCCCACUGUGGAAAGAGAUUUAACCAUUCAGGAAAGCUGAAAGAACACAUGAAACUGCACACAGAGGUGUGCAGACAACAGAUGGUGUUUAUGGUGGAGAGGACUGUGGACUCAGUGGAGGACAUCCCAGCCACUUGGCAGUGUUGACACUGCUACUUCCUAUCUGACUGGUAAUAGGACUUCACUGCUACUUCCUAUCUGACUGGUAAUAGGACUUCACUACUACUUCCUAUCUGACUGGUAAUAGGACUUCACUGCUACUUCCUAUCUGACUGGUAGUAGGACUUCACUGCUACUUCCUAUCUGACUGGUAAUAGGACUUCACUGCUACUUCCUAUCUGACUGGUAAUAGGACUUCACUGCUAUUUCAUAGUUUUGAUGUCUUCAUCUAUUAUGCUAUAAUGUAGAAAAUAGUAAAAAAUAAAGAAAAACCCUUGAAUGAGUAGGUGUGUCCACCGUUUGACUGGUACUGUAAACUUAUGCUACUGUCACAUAACAUAAUACCAUGUCAGAGUCACAUAACAUAAUACCAUGUCAGAGUCACAUAACAUAAUACCAUGUCAGAGUCACAUAACAUAAUACCAUGUCAGAGUCAGAGUCACAUAACAUAAUACAAUGUCAGAGUCACAUAACAUAAUACAAUGUCAGAGUCACAUAACAUAAUACCAUGUCAGAGUCACAUAACAUAACACAAUGUCAGAGUCACAUAACAUAAUACAAUGUCAGAGUCAGUGUUUGCAUCCUUAGAUGCUUUGGUAAUGUGUUAUAUUGUGUACAUGUUCCACCUGUAGAUACUAGUACAUUAGUAGUACAUAACAGUGUAAUAGUGUAGUACCACAGUACGGAACCAGAACCAGCCUUCUGGACAUGUGUAGUAUGUAAAAUAUCAGGGACUCCUUGAUUCACCAAAGGUUCUUGUUCUCUACAGUUUAACAUAAACAGUAUUUCUCUCCCCUCUAAAAACAUACUUUUGGAUUAUAAACAUGUCAUUAAAAAAGAUGCCUAAAGUA